AUGCAACAGAGGCAUCGAAACUAUCCACGUUUCUUAGAAGUUUGUCAAGACGUCUUAUCCAAGUGCCAACCCCACCACUGUCCCUUAUUCCGAUUUACGAGAAGAAUCCGUCACAAAUGUUGGAGAAGCUUCUACAUACCUUACAAAAAAGAAAGGCUGCAGCAGUUAUCCAUUCAAGUCAAUGAUUUGGCGACUGGAACGGAACAAGAGGCGUAUGAACUCAUGCUCGCUAUGAAAAACGCUCUCACACAAGAUGGAUUAGAAGAAUGUGCAUUUGAAGUAGAGAACGUGGGUCGAAUUAAAUUCAUUAAUGCUUUCCAAAGAGUCAUUGAUCAUGUCAUCAUUAGGACAAGCGGUUUCCCGCUAAAUGAACUAGGCACAAGUUAUGUAACACUAGAUGGAUUGUCCUGUUUGCAAAGAACUACUAAACUGAUGGAUGACUUUUCAAUUGGCCCAAACGCCAAUAAAGAGAUGGUUUACUUGAGGGAGAUGAAUGGAGCAUCUUUAAUGUUGGAAAUUGCAGAACGCCUGGAGUUAAGUGAGGAUCUUUUCCUUGAGGACAACAUUGAUCAAGCCUCUGCCUCAUCUCUGGAUGUCAUAGAGCUGUUGUCAAGCUAUGAAUGCCUUGCCGACGGACGAGAAAUCUAUUUAGCCUGCGAACCAAGGCCUUUUAACUAUCGCCUAGUAGAUGGAGGACCAGAUCAGAAGCAGUCGAAUCUUGCAACAAAAAUCGCAGCAGCAAUAGAAUUCCGCAUGGAAUUGAACGCCCAUGCUUGUAUCCAAAGAAGAGCGGAAAGGGACAGUGUGGCUAAUGAAGCAGAGAGGGAAAUUCAAUGUUGGGUCGUGCUGCUUCAAUAG